GUCUACUGGAGCCUGUGGCCAGAGGAGGACACAACAGAGUGGACUUUACCGGUGCACGUUUUACUGAGCUAUUUGACGUUUUGCGCUCGUUUGGAUUCGGGGUUUGGGAGGUUUUAUUUUGAGUUUGGGCCUUUAUCGGAGCGUCACAGAGCUACGGGGCUGGCUGGACCAGCUCUAGACCCGGUUUGGAACGUGUUAAUGCACGGGCUGCUGUGAGCAGCACCAUCUGUAGGUGAUGCAUGCUCUCUAGCCCCGCCCCCUGACACAAUGCUGCGCUCUCAUUGGCCGGUCCUGCUCCUCUGGCUUCUCCCCUCUGGUUGUGUCUUGGAGCAGGAGGUUUGUCUUGCUGUGAUCCUACCGCACUCAAAUACAGAAUAUGCAUGGGCAUGGCCUCGCGUAGGUCCCGCCCUGAUGGCGGCGGUCCAUCGAGUUAACUCUGACCGCUGGCUGCUCCCUGGUAUCACACUGCGCCUCGUGAAUGGCAGCUCGGAGAAUGCUGCCGGCUUCUGCUCAGAUUCCAUAGCGCCUCUGGUGGCCGUGGACCUGAAGCUGGCCGUGGACCCGUGGGCCUUCAUCGGGCCCGGAUGCGACUACUCCUCCUCGCCUGUCGCCCGCUUCACCACGCACUGGCAGGUUCCCAUGGUUACAGCUGGUGCUCGGGCCAUUGGGUUUGAAGAGUACAACGUGACCAACACCGGCCCCACACACAGGAGGCUGGGCGAGCUCGGGCUUAACAUACAGGAGACGUUUGGCUGGAGGAACAGAGCCAUGCUGCUGUUCAGUGAUAACACAGACUCCAACGACGACCGCUCGUGUUACUUCGCUGUGGAGGGUUUGUACACAAGGCUCCAGAAGCAGAACAUCACAGUCCGGGACCACAUCAUCAACUCCGAGACCAACUACAGAGCACUGGUGCAAGAUGUGAUGGAGAAUGGGAGAGUGGUGUACGUGUGCUGUGGAGUCUCUGUCUUCCGGGCUCUUCUCCUUCAGUUCUAUAGAGACGUUCCGUUCAUCCACGAGUUUGUCUUCUUCUACAUCGACUUGUUCGGAGAGAGUCUCGGAUCGGGUCUAGACCAGGACCUAGACCAGGACCCAGACCAAGACCCGGACUUGGACAAUCCCAGGAGUGGUCCAGACCUAGUCUUUCCCUGGCGCAGAGGUGAUAGAGAGGAUGCAGAGGCUCGGCAGGCUUUCAGGUUUGUGAAGAUCAUCUCGUACUUCCAGCCUCAGACACAGCAGUACUCACAGUUUGUCCAAGAUCUACAACGAGAUGCAGGAGACAUGUUCAACUUCACCAUCACACGCUCUCUGUUUAAUGUCAUCGCUGGGGGCUUCUAUGACGCCGUGCUGCUCUUCUCUUUGGCAUUGAAUGAGUCUCUGCCGGAUCUGAACCGAACUGAGACCCAGACCGGGAUUCGGUACCUCAGGCCUCAGAGGGACGUGGUGACGCCCAGAAUGUGGAACCGAAGCUUCACAGGUAUUAUGGGUGAAGUGCAGAUGGAUGCUCUCGGGGACAGAGAGUUGGACUUCACUGUUUGGGACAUGACCGACCUCAGCUCCGCCCACUUUCAGAUGGUGGCGCUGUACAACGGCAGCAUUAAGCAACUGGUGUGGCAGAGGGGCCGGAGAUUCCAGUGGCCAGGUGGAGUCCCGCCCCCCGACACACCUGAGUGCGGCUUCAAGAACGACAAGCCCGAAUGUCUUGCUCGCACAGUGUCGAUGCAGCAGCUCGUCUCUAUCGUCAUCUGCUUUGUCUUCAUUAUCAUCAUUACCAUCACAGUCUUCAUCUACAGGAAGUUGCGUCUGGAGAGUGAGUUGGCAGCUCAGCUGUGGAGAGUGAACUGGGACGACGUCCAGAUCAGCUGCGGCGACAGAGGACUGCGGCGAGCGGCAAGCAGACUGACCAUCUCCAUGAAAGGUUCAAACUACGGUUCCUUGAUCACUGUGGAGGGAAACCUGCAGAUCUACACCAAGACUGGAUACUACAAGGGAAACUUGGCGGCGAUAAAAUACAUGAAUAAGAAGCGCAUCGAACUGACCCGUAGUCUGCUGUUUGAACUCAAACAUAUGCGGGACGUGCAGAAUGAACAUUUGACCCGUUUCCUCGGCGCCUGCAUUGACUCGCCCAACUCCUGCAUCAUCACAGAGUACUGCCCCCGUGGGAGCCUCCAGGACCUGAUGGAGAGUGACAGCAUCACUCUGGACUGGAUGUUCAGAUACUCACUCAUCAACGACAUCGUCAAGGGCAUGUCGUUCCUUCACAGCAGUGUAAUUCUCUCUCAUGGAAACCUGAAGUCUUCAAACUGUGUAGUGGACUCUCGUUUUGUGUUGAAGAUCACAGACUAUGGAUUGAGCAGUCUGAGGAGCACCAAGAGCGAAGACACGCACGCCUCAUACGCACGUAAACUGUGGACAGCCCCAGAGCUACUGAGGGCCCCUCACAGCUCCCCCUGUGGAACGCAGAAGGGAGACGUCUACAGCUUCAGCAUCAUCCUCCAAGAGCUUGCCCUGCUCAGAGGGCCAUUCUACUUGGAGGACAGCACCCUGGGGCCCAAAGAGAUCAUUGAAGGGCUGCUGUCAGACUUGUCCCCCCCUCUGAGGCCCUCUCUUGGGGCUCAGGCUCAGACGGAGCUGGGGCUCCUCAUGAGACGCUGCUGGAGCCCAGAGCCGAGUGAGAGACCGGACUUUAGCACCAUCAAGAUCUUACUGCGCAAACACAACCGUGGCUAUGGUCCAAACAUCUUAGAUAACCUGCUCUCUCGGAUGGAGCAGUACGCCAAUAACCUGGAAGAGCUGGUGGAGGAGAGGACUCAGGCAUAUCAUGAGGAGAAGAGGAAGGCUGAGACGCUGCUGUACCAGAUCCUACCCCACUCUGUGGCGGAGCAGUUGAAGCGGGGGCAGACGGUUCAGGCUGAAGCGUUUGACUCCGUCACCAUUUAUUUCAGUGACAUCGUCGGGUUCACUGCGCUCAGCGCUGAGAGCACGCCACUACAGGUGGUGACGCUGCUGAACGACCUGUACACCUGUUUCGAUGCCAUCAUUGACAACUUCGAUGUCUACAAGGUAGAGACAAUCGGUGAUGCAUACAUGGUGGUCUCAGGGCUCCCAGUGAGAAAUGGUAAACUCCAUGCGCCACAGAUCGCUCACAUGUCUCUGGCUCUGCUCCGCGCUGUCGCCAACUUCACCAUCCGUCACCGUGACGACCACAAGAUCCGUCUCCGCAUCGGCAUCCACACAGGUCCAGUGUGUGCGGGGGUGGUGGGGCUAAAGAUGCCCAGGUACUGUCUGUUUGGAGAUACAGUGAACACAGCGUCCAGGAUGGAGUCUACAGGAGAAGCUUUGAAGAUCCACGUUUCAGAGGCAACUCGUUUGAUUCUGUCCGAGUUUCCUGAGUUUCACCUUCAGCCGCGAGGAGACAUUGAAGUCAAAGGAAAGGGACGCAUGAGGACCUACUGGCUCUUGGACCGGGACUGAACCAGGACUAAAGCAGGACUAAACUGUGACUGGACCAGGACAAGACCAUGUCUAAAGCAGGAUUAAAGCAGGACUAGACCAGGACCUACUGACACCUGGACUGGGACAGAACCAAUCCUGGUUUAGUUCGGAGUAAAUCAGGCCUAAAAUGCGAUUCUACUGGUUUCUGGAGCAGGACUAAAGCAGGAUUGACCCAGGGCUAAAGUAUGACUAAACUGGGACUAGACCAGGAUUAAUCUGGGACUACAUCGGAACUAGACCAGGACAACAAAGACUAGACACUUGAUUGAACAGGGAUUCUGCCAGGACAGCCUUCUUUCAAACUCAACUGCUGAUUUUGUGUUUUGUACAUACAUGUAAUAAAUCACAUUUUUAAAGUG